AUGGUGGUCAGGCCAUUCAACGUCAUCCAACCCAAGGACAUCCCUGAGGGCACGCCCGAGUACGAGUCGAAACGGGCGGCAGUGCUGCGAGCCUUCCAGGAGAAGAUCCCUCAGGAGUACUACAUCCCCCAGGAGGUGGUCAACAGCCCGCCACAGGACGUGUCGGGCCUGGCGACCACCUUUGGCAUCCUGACGCCCGAGGACGUCGAGAUCACCGAGACCGUCGAUGCCACGGCCCUGGCGGAGGCCAUUGCCAGCCGCAAGUACACGGCCGUCGCGGUGGCCACGGCGUUCUGCAAGCGCGCCAUCGUCGCCCACCAGCUGACCUGCUGCCUGACCCAGUGGUUCAUGGACGAGGCGGUCGAGCAGGCCAAGGCCCUCGACGAGUACCUGGCCACGCACGGCAAGACCGUGGGCCCGCUGCACGGCGUGCCCGUCAGCAUCAAGGACCACAUGCCCAUCGCCGGCACGUACUCGUCGACCGGCUUUUUUGGCAGCAUCGUCAAGAACGACACGGACAGCCAGCUGGUGGCCAUCCUGCGGAGCUUGGGGGCCGUCUUCUACUGCAAGACGAACCAGCCCCAGACCCUGAUGCAUCUCGAGUCUGACUCGCACUGGGGCCGGGUGCUGAACCCCUACAAUAUUCACCUGUCUGCCGGCGGCUCGACGGGCGGCGAGGCGGCAUUGAUUGCCAUGAAAGGGUCGAUCCUGGGCGUCGGCACCGACAUCGGCGGCAGCAUCCGUGGCCCGUCGGCAUUCUGCGGCAUCUACGGGUUCAAACCGACGUCGUACACCCUGCCCAUGAAGGACAUGAUCGCGGCGCCGUUCCCCGCCGAGCUGAACGUGUUGUGCUCGAUCGGGCCGAUGUGCCGCUCUCUGAGAGACAUGGACCUGUUCACGAGCCACGUCAUCGCCGCGAAGCCACACCUUGAAGACCCAAGGGUCGUGCCGCUGCCGUGGACGGGCCUCAAGACGCCCAUCGCCGGGAAGUUGAAGGUGGGCGUGAUCAGCCACGAUGGGUUCAUCGACCCCCAGCCGCCGGUCAAGCGCGCCGUGGCGUGGGCGAAGUCGCUCCUCUCAGACCCCAAGUACGCCGACAUCAUCGAGGUCAAGGACUUCACGCCGUACGACGCCGCGGGCGCCUGGGCUAAGAUCCGCCGCAUGUACUGGCCGGACGGCGGCAAGGGGCUGGCCGAGCACAUCACCGAGACCGGGGAGCCGAUCCACCCGCUGUCGUCGUGGAUCUGGAAGGACGCUGAGCCGCACGGGAUGCUGACGGGCGUCGACGUGAGCAACAUGCGCGGCGAGCGCGACGCCUUCCGCAUCGCCUUCGCCGCGCACUGGAACGCCCAGGACGUCGACGUGGUCAUCGGACCGUGCUUCGUGGGGCCCGCGUCGGCCCACGACACCGCCUUCUACUGGACCUACACGUCGCUGUACAACUUUGUCGACUACCCCGGCGUGGUGAUCCCGACGCCCAUCAAGGCGGAGAAGGAGGAGAAGUAUGCGGAGGGUUACACGCCGUUGAGCGACGCGUGCGCCCACGUCAAGCAGCUGUGGGAGGAGGGCAAUUUCGAGAAAGCCCCCAUCAACCUGCAACUCGUGGCCAGGAAGUACCACGACAGCCAGCUGUUUGGGGCCUUGACGGUGUUGAAAGACGUCUUGGGGCUAUCGUGA